GCAAGCAUUCUGCAAAUCAGCUUCACGCAAAGGAUCUCAAUCUCAAGACUAUUUUGUCCUAGACAACCCAAUCCAGAAACAGACAUAGCCUGACCGCUAACCAGAAGCAGUCUAGUACCGAAUCCACCCAACCAUUGGGAAGGUCCAUCCAGCAGAACGUCUAAAUCUCCUACGGAACCGACGUCAUGAGAUCUAAAUCGGUGAUCCAUGACAUAUCCACCUUGAAUAACUAUAUAAUAUAAAAGUCCUGCAAAUUUUCUCAAUCGCUGGAGAACAAAUCCCAAAUACAUAUUUCCAGAUUUACAAUUGAACAAAUCCCACCACCAAAAUGGAAGACAAACCUCUUGCACCCGCGAGCAAAGAUCUCCGCGAACUCACAGCCCAAGAAUCCUCCGCCGCCGUAAUCUUCCCCUCUUUCACCUCCACAACAGCCUGGUCGCUCGGUCUUGCUCUCCGAUCCCGAAUCCUCUCUCUCCCAGCGGAUCAGCGCAAGCCAGCUCUCAUCUCCAUCGCGCUUACCGGCGGGUCCGAGCCACAUGUUGUAUUCCAAGCCGCGACGGAACCGGGGACUUUCGCUGAUAACGAGGUGUGGGUGCGACGGAAGCGCAACACCGUGCUGCGAUGGGGAGUGUCGAGCUGGCUGAUGCGGAAUAAGAUGCUGACGAGCACUGGUUUGGGGGCAGAUCAAGUGGAGGCGGCUUUUGUGAGGAAACAUGCCUUGACGAGUACCGGUGGUGGGGGGGCGGCGGAUGACUUCGCGAUCCAUGGUGGGGCGUUCCCCGUGCGGGUGAAGGGAGUGGAUGGUGUUAUUGGCGUGGUGGUUGUUAGUGGAUUGAAGCAGGAGGAUGACCAUCAGGUUGUUUUGGAGACGAUUCGGGAGUUUAUCCAGCAGGGCGGACAGUGAUGGUCUAGUUGUAUAGCUGGUUUAUCAGCCACUCAGUGUAUAAAUGGUGUUUGUACCAAGGGUAUAAGAAUUCACGAAUUCUUAGCUUAAUAUUUGUGGUAUUGAAUUGCAUAACAUACAUACCCUUGACACAAAAUUAGUGAGAUGUAUGAUAUGACGAUUACAGUACUAAUUAUAAUCAGGGAACGAGUG